AUGGCGAAAGCUGUGGAGAGAUUGAAAACAACUGAAAGCGUCGAUAGCAAUGCCACCGAUCCCAGUUAGUUUUUUCUUUUUUUCAUUUACUUGAAAAAAGCAUAGGCAAAGUCGGAAAGGGUGGAAAAAGGUUCCAUAAAUGUUCCCUUUUUGCGCCAUUUUAUCAACCUUUAUGCACCAUUUUUGCUGCCUUUCUCUUCUUUCCACCAUUUCUUGAGCCUUAAAAACAAGAAAAAUGGAAGGAUUUAUAAAAAAACUCUCUUUGCCUUUUUGCUGCCUUUUUACGGCCUUUUUUGAGCCUCUCAGCGUCCAUUAUUCACCAUUCCGCCCGAGCGGGUAAAAAAAAAAAUCCGAUUUUUUUUAAUUUGAAAACGAAUAAAAUAACCUUUUUCUGUUUUUUCCUCUUUUAACAGUGAUUAACGAAACAUUUUCUUGUUAUUUAUUCAAAUUUUUGACAGUUUUUUUUUGAUUUUUCAGUUUCAAAGAUAUUUUAAAGACCUCCAGAAGAAGAUAUAUGGUACUUUUGAGUUGUCAAAUGCAAAAUUCAUGAAAGGUUCUGAAAAAAAAAACAGACUUUCACAUACCUUUUAAUAACUUUUUUCAAGAGCAAAGUUAUACAAGUAACAUAAAUUUCGAAAAAAAGUGAAGAAUUUUUUUAUAUUUUGUGAAAAAUUAUUUGAAUGAAAAAGUAUAUUUUUUUCAAUUUUUUUGUAAAAAUAUCAAGAGUAUUGUCGCAAGAAAAAAACUUCAGAAAAACCGAUUUUAUCUUUCAAUAAUUAACUUCAAUUCAAAGUUCUCAAACCAAGCUUUCAAAUAUUGAAAAAAAUAUUGAAAGAAAUUGGUUUUUAUUUUUGGUUAUUCAUAAUGUUUUGCAAUGAAACAGAGCAAAUUUUAGGUUUUAUAUAUAUGAUGAAUCCACAAAAAUUUUUGAAUGAAAAUUUCUUUUUAUGUUCAUUUUGACCUCUAUUUUUUUAAAUCAUUUUUUUCCAAAAGCGAGCUUUCAAGUAUUAAGCUUCAAAUUUUUUUGACACCAAAAAUUUUUUUCCUAUAAGGUUAAAUCUUAAAGCCUUCGAAAAACUCUUUAACCAUGCUUUUUAAAUUUUUUCAUGCUUGUGAAUGAAUACGAUUAUUAUUAUUAUUAUUAUUAUUGUCAACCAGAGCUUUUUAUUUAAACAUACUGACAUUCAAUCCAAACUUUCUCAAACUAACCUUUCAAAUAUGGAAAAGCUCCUGGUUGAAAGAUUAUAUUUUUUUUGACAACUAUGCCAUGUAGAAAAGGCCGUAAAGGCUCGCCUUUUCAGACGCCCCUUCUUUUUUCAAGUACGAAGACCGGAUCGAAGAAGGCGACACGGCCAUCGUCUACGUCUGCUUCGGCGUCACCCACGCCAUCGUCGUCAAACGAGGCAUGACGCUGGCGAUGAAGUACGGCGCCCUCCGUCACGAGUUCAUCAUCGGCAAACCGUUCGUCUUUUCCUGAAAUUGUUCAAAAAUAAAAGGAGAUUGCUGUUUCAAUUAAAAACGAGACUCCUUGUGAUUGUUAUCAUAUAGUAAGACAUUCCGAAAAGAAAAAAAGGCGAAUUCCUUCAAGAAGAUUCAGAAAAUUCGUUUUUUCUGUUUGAAAAUAUAAUAGGAUUGCUGUUUCAAUAAAAAUAGGGAGCCUUGCGUUUUUCAUCAUCCAUUUGAAAGGCUAUAGUUGAAAAAUAAUGAUAAAUCCGAACUUUCCGCAAAGAGUUCAUCAUCGGCAAACCGUUCGUCUUUUACAAAUUUUUCUGUGCAAAUAAAAUAAGAUUCCUGUUUCAAUAAACCUUGCGCAGUGUUCAAAAUGAUUCCGCAAAAUUAAAAAUAGUCGUCAGAAAGUGAAAAAAGAUAACUAACUUUUGGAGAGUCAGAGAUAAUUUUGAUCUUUGCAAACAUCACUUGGAACACGAAGUUUUCUUUUAAAAAAAUCAUUUGAUGGAAAAAAAUAAUUUCUUCCACAAAAAAACCUUAAAAAAAUCUAAAAAGUGAUAAAUUUUAAAUUGGCGCCAAAACGACAUCACGAACCCACAUCGCUGUUUCAAUCCCAGAAUAAUAGAUUAUAGUAAAAAGUUGUUCUUUAUUGAGUAAGCUGGAUAAAUAUGAGUAGCGAAAGAGAAAAACCAAUUUUUUGGAAUUUGAGAGAUUUUUGUGCAUAAUUUUAACACGAAUUGCAUAUUAUUCGUCAAGAAAAAUGAUAAUUUCAAUUGCCGAGGCGGAAAAUUAGCCAAAAAAAACCUACCAGUUCACCAUCGUCAAACCGUCCGUCUUUUCCAGAUUUUCCGAAAAAUAUCAGAUUUUAGUACAAUGAGCGAAUCUAAAGUGGCCGUGAAAAUCAUCAUCGACUGGGAAUUUUUUCUGUUUUUGAACAUUUUUUGAAACGUAGCAUGGCCAGUUUGAGAAGUCAUAACCUAAGAAGGAGAAAAAGUUAUUCGAAAUUUUUUCUAAAACUUCUUCUCAAUUAACAAAAAAAAAACAAACAAUAUUGUACAUAAAAAUACUUUGAAAAAAAGCUUUUAUUUUGUCAUCUUUGAAAGUGAAAGUAAGAAAUUAAAAAAAUCAGUUGAGAGUUGGGAGCAGCCAAAUGGUCCUGAAGGGAAAGUGCGCUGGAGCGAGCUUUCUCUUUUCCUUUUGUGGAAGAUGACAAUACUUUGCUUUUUCACAACACGAUUCAAUCGAUUUUUCAAGUUAUUAUGUCAAAGAAAACUGUUUCAAAGAGGUAAUUUCUGAAAAAAAUUUGCUUGUUUUUUUUGAAAAUUAUCUUGAUUUUGUGAAAAAAAGUAACAAGUUUCCGGUGAAUUUUUCGAUAUUUUGCUCACAAUUUGGUCUCAAAAAAAUAGAAAAAUAUGUUUCGUAAUUUGAAUAUUGUGCGAAUUUCCAUAAAAAUUUGGUCCAUUUUUUUGAAGAUUUUUCAUAGAAAAAGCCAAGUGAUAAGUACUGUAUAAAGGAAUUGACAAAAAAAAAAAAUUAAGCUGGGGCUCGCGAAUUUCGGCGACGGCGGGCUACGUCUACCUGCUGCGGCCCUCUUCCGAACUUUGGUCCCGUUCUUUGCCCCGUCGGACUCAGAUCCUCUACACUCAUGACUGUGCUCUCAUCCUUCAGCUUCUCGAAAUUAAGCCUGGAUCGGUGGGUUUUUUUAAACUGAACAAGAAGUUCCAAAUUUUUAGUGCAGAGGAAGGAGGGGGUGGAAGAAAAAUAACGAAUAUAUAAUUUUUUUACUUUUUGAUUAUUUAAAAAUCGUAGCCGAGAACUUGUAGAUUCUGAAUUUUCCUUUCAAAAAUUAAAAAUUUAGGCUUUUGAGCGAACAUUUUUCGUAUUUUGAUCCAAGGAAAAUUGAAAGGAUGCAUGAAAUCAGGGAUACAUGAGGAAUUUUUGGAGAAAAAAAGCAAGUUUUUCUUGGAAAAAUCAAAAUUAAAUAUACGUAGGUGAUUCCGAAAAAAAUCCCAUAAAUUGGCUCUUUUUAAACCUUAUGAAUUUCCUAGCAUUGAAGAAAAAAAUCAAAGAUCGUCUUUUAAAUUGGAGAAUGUUUAUGUUUUUCGAAUUUAACGGUGAAAAAAACUAAGUUACGGUAAUUUUUUUCGAAAUUCUAUAUUCCGGGCAGAUUGCGUCCUUCAAGCAUUUUUUUAAACGGAUAAAGAUCAAUUUUGAGAAGUUCAUAUUUUUUUCUGGAAUCAGUAAGUGUAUUUUUGCGAAUUUUUUUGUUCAGCUGGCUACCGAAACCAGAAAAAAAUGUUACAAUGAAAAAAAUUAUUUUUUUAUUAGUUGAAUCGUAGUUUCUAUCAACUCUGUGUAAAGAAAAAAAGCUUGAUAUUUGACUUGAAAAAAAUUGGAGCUUUUUGGGACGGGCCGGUCAUUUUUGCUUGAGACCUCCCUAAGGCCGGGCCGGGCUUGACAUAAGAGCAAAAUUUGAAAUUCAAAAAAAGAAGUGCGGUUUUGCGGCUUUUUGUUGGGACGAUUCGAUCAAUAUUGUCGUUCUGACAAAAAAUAAGUCGGAUAAAGAAAUAAAUAAAAAGAAAUUCUAGGUGAUUUGUGAGUCGGGAACUGGUAGCGGAAGCCUGAGUCAUGCCCUGGCCAUGGCAGUUGCUCCGACCGGCCAUUUGUACACUCAUGACAUCGACGAGAGCCGCACCAAGACCGUUGAGCAGGAGUUCAAGGUUGGGGAGUUCAAAAAAAAGUUGAAAAAGGGGCUGGGAAAAUUUUUAGUGGCCACUAUAGUGGCUCGCCAAGGACUGCUUGGGGAGAACACUAAAGUGGCCACUAUUUUCCGUCUUAGUGGCCACUAUAGAGGUUUUUUUAGUGGCCACUUCAGUAGUUUUUCAUCCAGUAUUCCUUCCAGUAACUCUAAUAAUUUCGAAACAAACAGAUUGGACCAGUUAUGUUGAUCCAUGGACCCCUAAAGAGGCCACUUAAAUUUUUAGUGGUUUAGUAGUAGCACUUAAACCUCUAUAGUGGCCACUAAUUUCACUACUAUAGUGGCCACUAAAAUGUCAAAACCCUAUAGUGGCCACUAUUUUCCGUUUUAGUGGCCACUUCAGUAGGUUUUCAUCCAGUGUUCCUUCCAGUAACUCUGAGACUUCUAUAAUGGUCACUAAUUUUCAACCCCUUAAGUGGCCACUAAUUCGACUACUGUAGUGGUCACUAAAAAUUUUCCCAGUGCCUCAAAUUUUAUUUGUGUUCGUCAAAAAGACCCUCUCGUGUUCUCGCGCUAUUCUCAUGUUUCUUUGACCACGUCGGUGAGGGAAAAGAGAGCGCAGACAAGUCAGAUUUUCGGCGAAUGAAGUAUGAAGAUUUUUUUCCUUGCUUUUUAGCAAUGAAUUUUUUUGAAAAUAAAAAAAUCGAACAAAUUAAUUUUUAAGUGUUUCCAUUGUAUGUUGGGAAAAAUAAUUAAAAAAAUUAUGUUUUUCAAAAAAACUCUUUAGUGAGAAUAAUGCUCAAAUUUCAAAAAAACAAAAAUUAUUUUUGGUGAAUUGUUUUUCAAUUUUCGUCUUUCAAGAGGAAAUUCUUCAAUUUCUCCGUUUAAAGUUUCCGAAUUUGAUUGAAAAACGGAAAAAAAUACAGCUUAAGAUUAAUAAAUCAAUAAUCUCAAUUCCAGACUCACGGCCUUUCUGAAGUGACCACUCCAGUGGUGCAGGACGUCUGCAAAUACGGAUUCUUCGUGAGCAACGCCUGCGACGGCGUCUUCCUCGACGUUCCCGCCCCCUGGGAGGCGAUUCCGCAUGCCGCCGACGCGAUAUCGCGAUCCCGCGGCGGCAGAUUGGUCUCGUUCAGUCCCUGCAUCGAGCAGGUGAGCGAUAAAUCGGGAAAAAUCCUAAAUUCAAUGAAUUUUCUUCAAAAAUUCUUGACACACAUUCUCUGAGAUUUCUGAAAAUCUCUUGGUACAAAAAUUUCAAGUUUUUUACGGGAGCCUGGCAAUGAUUUCACUGAUACUAGAUAACAUCCUUAACUCGAAGCGCCGGUUUUUGAGAGGCUCCGCCCACUUUCAAAAUACCUUAAAAAGUUUAAUUUUUUUUCCGGUGGAGCAAAUCGGUUCAAACAAGAUUUAAUUUGAAGAAAAUGUGAUUUUCAACAUUUUUUUCCUGUUGAUAGUGACUCUGGGAAAAAAAUAUCCUUCUUCCAGAAAAAAAUCGAUUAAUGUUGGAAAAACGACUAUUUUUUUCGACUUCUGUGUUUUUUUCUUGGUCAGGAACCCCCCGAUGCCGUGGAUUUUUUUAUUUUUCUUAAUCAAUUUAUUAAGGUAUUGACAGCACUAAAAGUUCGAGAAACGCCUUGAGACUCAGUAAAAGAGAAAAAUAAGGUCAAAUGAAAUCUAUUCGAAUUCCCAGGUUCAAAGAGCUUGCGAAGCGAUGAGAAAAUUCGGAUUCGUCCAGAUCGAAACCGUCGAAAUCGUCCCUAGAACCUACAAGGUGUUUAUUCAACCUUCAACGUCGAAAAAUAAUGAUUUUCAGGUGGUCCAACAGAAUCGGCAAUCUUUGGCCGAGUUCAACGAAAGUGGCGAUUCUUUGGCGGCGACGACGAAUUUCGGAGGCCGAGAUCAUCGGAAAAGAAAAGCGAAAAUCGAGGAAAAUGGGUGAGGAAAAAAGAAGCGAAAAAUCGAAAAAUGAGAAAUUAAAAACAAAAAAGAGGAAAGAUAAACUUUUGAAAAAUUCGACAUAAAAAAGCUCAUGAGGAGGAGGAGGCAAAAAUAAGAAAAAUCAAAAGAUAGCGAAAAUCAGCUUUUUUUUUAGCACCUGACUGUUUAUAUUUUCAGAGGGAACGCUGCAAAAUAGAUCUGGGAAAUUUUGAACCUUUGAAGCCGAGUUUAUAAAUAGAAUGAGCACAUUUUUUUAGACUUACUUGCUUUGAAAAAAACUGGCUCAAAACUGUAAGAAAAAUAACAUUUUAAUUAAAUCGGCUACGAAAAAAAUAGCCACUUCGGGGGAAUUUUUUUGAAGUCAAAAAAACUUCAUUUUUUUACUUCAUUCUUGCUUAAAAAGGCUUUAUCUAGGAAAAUUGGGUCUAGAAAAAGGCAAACAGAGAAGUUUACAGAUACAGAGAAGCUUCAGAGUCUGAACUAAAAAAAACUUUUUUCAGCGAUUUUUUCAGCGAAAAGUUCGGGCAAUUUUGACAGAAAGAGACCCAUUUUCGACUUUGAACUGGUUAAAAAAGCGAGAAUUUUGUUUUGAAUUUAAAAAAGUUUCCUAAUCGAGGACAUCUAAGCGCUCCAAAGUCAAAAAUUUCUAUUGAAAAAGAUGAGAAAUCUUUGAAAAAAAUUAGAAAGAAUUUUUUUCCAGACAUGAUGGAUGCGAAAACAGCCGUAUACAGAGAAAGUUUGAAGAUUGAUGAAAAGAAGAAAAUAUAUUUUUUGAGCGAUUUUGGCAAAAAUAUCGUUUUCUAGCCUUGAACUGAUGGAAAUAAAAUAGUUUUAGUUGAACUAAGCUUUGAAAAAGAGUGAGAAGAAAAAGAUUUGUACCAAAAUAGGAAAAUUGUAGGGCGAAGAGCGGGAAAAGCUGUAAAAUAUUGGAGCCUCAAUUUUCCCCAGAGAAAACAUCCCUCUGCAGAAAAAGUUCAGAUCUUUGGACUGAUGAAAAAAAAAAGCUUGAGCGAUUUUGGCAAAAAUAGCAUUUCCGAGCUUCGAUGUGAUCAAAAAAGGGGACUUUCGGUUGAUAUAAGCUUUGAAAAAGAGUGAGAAGAAAAAGAUUUGUACCAAAAUAGGAGAAUUGUAGGGCGGAGAGCGGGAAAAGCUGGACGUUGGCCUCUGGAAAUUGCACGGCCAUCACUUUUCCCUACAAUCAGCCCACGCAUUCCGGCUAUCUCACCCACGCGACAUUGCUCCCUGUUUAA